UCAUCAUCUUAUUAAGUACAUUUUGAACUGAAGAAGAGACAGAGACUUCUCUUGAUCUCAGUCUCUCUUUUGUUCUCCUUUUUCCUUUCUUUUGGCCCUUCCUGUCUUCCACCUUGUCUCUUUUGAUGGCAUUCGCCGAAGUCAUGGAGCUCACCACCGGGACAGAAAAGCACCACCAGGAGGUAGAAAUGGAAGAAGAGGAGGACCAAGUUGUCGGGUUGGAGAGAAAAACGUCGUCGUUGGCUCAUGAAAAGAGACCCGAUAGUGCAGAUAGUAGUACUAUCACCACUACCAACACAAGCUCAUCUUCUAGCUUUUCUGGUGAUGGAGAGCGUGUCACGAUAGAGAGUCUGGAGAUCUAUGAGUCAGCGGAGAAAGAAAUCGGAUUUCACGGUGAGCACGACGACGUGAACAAUGGCAACGUCUACUUGGACGUACACCAAGGUUCUGAGUCAUCUGAUGCGGAAUCUGAUGAUCAUGAGUCCCACACUGUUGACCACUUGAAUGGGAAGAAAAAAGUGACAGAGUUUGAAAAGGGUUCAUCUUCUGAGGAGAACAAAGGAUCACGUGAGAUCGAUGAAGUACAAGACGAUGAUAUCCCUGAAGAGGUGGAGGUGAUAGAGGAGGAGGAGGUGGACAUCGAACAUGUUAAAGAUUACAAGGCGAAGGAACUGGUGGAGAACCAAAAGACACCUGAUCUACUAUGUCCAAAAUGCAAGAAUUGCAUCACCAAAGUGGUUGUCCUCAAGAAAAGGGUCCUCCUCAGGAAAAAGGUUGCCCUUAAGAAAAAUAAGCAGAACAACCCUAAUGUGCCGGAGAGGCCUGCAGCGACAAGGCCUACCGGGACUGAUGAUAAUCUUCGUUCGGAAGACAAUAUGAAAUCUGCUGUUAGUAGUGAAAACCCUAUACCUGGGUCCUUUUUCUACAAGUGCUUGUCCUGCUUCAGCAUAUUCAAUAUCGAACCCAUAGUGGUGGGUUCAAACCCGGUUCCUCCCAGUGAAGUUAACGUGGGGAUUAACACUCGGCUAAAGCCUCAACAGGAGCCUACAGGCUGUUCCAACUGGAUCGUUUCAAUGAUUGGAAUUAAGAAAAACGAACAACUAGAAGAUAAAGGUGAAGCAAUGCCUAGUGUCCCGGAAGAUAAUCGGCCACGUGAUAACCAUACCCCUUUGGUAGUAGAUACGGCAGCCCCACCUCCUGUUCAGGAUGAUGCAGUAACUUUGAUUCAAGACAAAGUACGUCUCUCCCCGAUUCAACCACAACAUGACGUGAACGUACCAAAGGCAAUGAGUAGUGGACCCAGUGAUUCAAGAGUAGAUAUUCGUCAACUCCCAGUGACUUCUCUGCUAGGAGAGACUCCAGCUGAUCCGUUACUUCCACAAGUUGUUGAAAGACGUAAACCGGAGAUCUUGAAAAGCGUCGUAUAUGGUGGUUUAACAGAAGCAAUCACAAGCCUCGGUGUUAUCUCAUCCGCCGCUGGUUCUGGUGCUUCAACAUUGAACAUUUUGGUAUUAGGGCUUGCAAACUUAUUUGGAGGGCUUAUACUCAUUAUUCAUAACCUCCAAGAACUCAGAGAGGAGGAACCCAUCAUAGAAACAACUGAUGAUAACGGUGAAGAAGAAACUCGGUACAAGCGACUUCUAGGACGAAGAGAAAACUUCAUGCUUCACGCAACACUCGCAAUCUUAUCCUUCAUAAUCACCGGACUACUCCCUCCUGUCGUCUACUACUUCUCAUUCAGAGAAACACACAACAAAGACUACAAAGUGGCAUCAGUUUUCAGCGCAUCUCUGAUAUGUAUCUCCUUCCUCGCUCUAGCCAAAGCUCACGUGAGGAGCCCGAGAGGCAGCUAUCUGAAGAGCGUUCUGUACUACGCGGCGAAUGCUGUGUCGGUGUCAGGGAUUACCUACGUGGUUGGUAACGUUGUGAAUCAGUUGCUUGAGAAGUACGGAUGGUCUGAUGGGUUGAAACUCCGGCUGGGGAGAUGAUGCUUUCGCUUAUGGGGAGAAAGGCUGGUGGCUUUGGAUACUCAUCAUCAUACUGAUCACAGAAGCUUUGUCUCGUGGUGCUACUUUUUUUCUUUCACUCUGCUUUAUGAGAAUUCUCGUUAAACUUGUGUGUGUUUUCCUUAUGCCAAAUCUUUCUUGUGAGUGCGUGAAGUUGUUUCCAAGUGUAGGAAACGCAAAAUAAUAAAUGGUGACUGUAUUCGAAUUUGUUUUUGUAUCUUUCAAG